AUAAUCAGUUCAUAAUAUUCUUCUUUCUUUUCCUUCCCUUUUUUUUUUAUAUUUAUUUUCUCUCUCCUGUUCUCUUCCGCCAUUUUUUCGAUCUCGCGAACUGUGUUAUUUGUUCAUUGGAUGUAAGAAUUAGGGUUCUAUAUUCUGAAGAAUUAAACAAGCAAAAUCAUGUAACUUCUUGAAUUGGCUGCUGUCAUAUGUGAAUUCAAGUUGUUUAUACUUCUGGCACACGACAGAUGGGUGAAUUGAGGACAAUGAUGCGAAGGAAUGAAUCAUUCAGAACUUACCAGUUUGGUCUUCUUCUUUCUCCUGUUGUCUCAUUUUGGGGUUGUUUUGUUCGUAAGAUAAGGUAUAAUUACAGUCCUGAGUGGGUGUAGGCCUUACCUCUGAAAGCAUUUUAGGUCCCCGGCUGAUAGGAAAGAUAUAAACACAAAAAAAAAAAAAAAAUAGAAGGAAAAAGAUGGAUAUUAACAGUUCUCCCGAAAUGUUGAAAUAAAAGAAGAGACAAUAGUUAGAGGGUAAGGUAAAUGUAUACUUGGUAAAAAUAGAUUUUUAUUUUCAGGAAAGAAAAUCUUUACUAACAUACUAUAGUAGUUGAGAUAAGUUGGAGUUUUGAAAGGCCGAAGAUGGAGUUAGCAAAAACCCCCCAUGUGAAAAAGGCAAAGAAGAAGCAGGUGAAGGACGAGUUAGACCGCAUGAAGCAAGCAGAGAAGAAAAGAAGAAGAUUAGAGAAAGCCUUGGCAACUUCUGCUGCCAUUCGUUCUGAACUUGAGAAAAAGAAACAACUUAAGAAAGAAGAGCAACAAAGGCUCGACGAAGAGGGUGCUGCAAUUGCUGAAGCAGUUGCUCUCCAUGUUUUACUUGGAGAAGACUCCGAUGACACGACGCCUACUACAAUAGUUUUGAAAAAAGAGGAAGAAGAAGACGACUUUGGCGGUUGGCACCACCACCACGCUGCUGCAAAUAUCGGACUUUUUAUGGAGAAAUCCGGUUUUUCACAUCAUCAGAAGAGUUUAAAGAAAUAUUCCGUUGUUGAGAGUGUUGGCUGGUUUCCGGGAUCUUAUGGACAACAAGAAUGUGAUUGCAAUCACUUUGGAGAUAUCAAUAUCAAUCGGUCCUAUUCAUCGUCAUUUCCUCUCGAGAAUAACUUCCAGAUGUCGUAUUUGGAUGAUGGUCUCCUUGCAGCACAAGCUGUUUCAUCACUGCAGAUUGGAGAAGAUGCACGCGUUGACAGACUUUUCUUCAACCGAUAUUGAGAUUGCUAAAACUAGGGUAAAAAACUCGAGAUAUGAUCCUCAUGUCAAAAGGCUGAAUAGCAAUGAAUAAUCUUUGAAUGUAUAUACUUAUUGCUUUGAUAUGCCCUUUUGUUUUCUGAGUUCCUGGAACAUUGUCAACAUUGUUAUGGUCUUGUGUUCUGAAUUCCUUUCUGUGUGGCUAAGUUGUUCUUACUGUGUAACGGUGGAUUGAAUUGUGUUUUGUAGACAUUGGGAGAUUCUGUUUGGUUAUUUUUCA